CUCUCACAAAAAAGAAAAAGAAACGGCUCUCCCUUCCUUCUCUCUAGAUACGCCUCUCAACCUUAAUGUUUUUGCUUGGUUGGUGCAUCUCUUUGGAGAUUUUUCACUUGAGAGGCUAUUUUCCAGCAUCUCCAUCAAAGAAAGAAGCAAAGAAUAGGCCCGUUUAAGGCUAGAGAAAAUGGUGCAAAUGAAGCCGUACAUGGCUUUGCUGCUUGUUGAGCUUUCUUACGCAGGCAUGGCCUUGUUAUCCAAGGCCGCAGUUACUGACGGAAUAAGCCCUUCUGUGUUCGUGGUCUAUCGUCAAGCUUUAGCCUCUCUUGCCUUAGCUCCUUUCGCUUUCUUUAUUGAAAGUAAUGAGAUCUCUCCCUUAUCAUACUACCUGCUUGGCAAGAUCUUCCUACUUGGCUUAAUUGGGCCCUCCCUAAGUUUAAAUCUCUACCUUGUUGGAAUAAACUAUACAACAGCCACAUUUGCCGCUGCAAUCCCCAACACUCUUCCCGCCACUACGUUUGUCUUGGCUGCUCUCUUAAGAAUGGAAAGCGUUUCCAUCAGACAUAUUUAUGGCAUUGCCAAAGUGUUGGGUUCUGUCGUAAGUUUUUCUGGGGCUUUAGUAUUUGCCUUAGUGAAGGGGCCUUCUCUUCCAAUCUUGCAUUGGCAUGCAACCACCGCACAUUCUUCAGAAAAACAUCCAUCUUUAGAAGAAUGGAUCAAAGGCGCUUUCAUUAUGAUUUCAGCCAACACAUUCUGUUCUUUGUGGCUUGUUUUGCAGGGUAUAAUUUUUCAGCAAUAUCCUGCAAAAAUACGUCUUACCACUCUCCAAUGCUUCUUCAGUUGGAUACAGUCAGCUAUUUGGGCUGCUGUGGCUGAAAGACAUAAUCCAUCUGCCUGGAAACUUGGGUGGAAUAUUGACCUUCUUUCUGUGGCCUAUUGCGGCGUGGUUGUAAACGGCAUUACUUAUUUGCUGCAAGUUUGGGCUAUUGAGAAGAAGGGGCCAGUUUUCGCAGCAUUGUUCACACCAGUUGCUCUUAUUGUAACAGCACUCUUCUCAACAUUCUUUUUUAAAGAAACCCUCUUCUGGGGAAGUGUUGGUGGGGCUGUGUUGCUGGUUGUUGGUCUCUAUAGUGUGUUGUGGGGAAAGAACAAAGAAGCAAAAACAGUAACAAAUGAUGAACAAAAUCCUGGAACUGAUGCGGAACUACAAAAAAGCCAUGAGAAUACCACAAUCAAGUCUGCAUCUCAACUAGAGCUAGCUAGCUAGAUAUAAAAAGUUUGUCAUCUCUUCAGCUUUUUCUUUCUUGUCUUUUUUCAGAUUGCAGUAUUGUAUAUCAGCUUCAAUUAAUUCAAUUACAUGAGAACAAUUCUUCA